CCUACCCAAUAUAAAAUUAAAAAGAGAAUUGUGAAUUGAAUUUGCAAACAUUAAUAGAAUAUUUUUAUUUAAUGUAAAAAGAACGUUCAGGCCUUAUUCAAAGGUUCAGGCCUGGUUCAGGCUAAGAGUAGGUUCAGGGUAGGUUCAGGCAGGGUUCAGGUAAAAAUACUAUCAUUUUCAUACGGAACAAAUGAACUACCCUACCCUCCUACUUUUUUAAGGUUAUGGUGUAAUGUGUUAUGGUACUGUAUGUUUUGUAAGGUUUUGUUAAAAAAUAUUUCUAUUUUCAAUUUAAUCAAAUUAUAAUACCUUUUAUAAUGUAUUAACAGAGUGAUAUAUUUUUGAAGAUAGUGCACUGAACAAGAUCUGUUGAAAAACCAUACAGUUCAACAGAUAUUUCACGGAGAUAUUUACACGAUAUCCAUAAGAUUAUGGCUGCUUUAAAAGGGAUUCUGUGUAAAAAUCAGCUUUUAAAAUCAAAAAUAACAAUCAGUCAUUAUAUUCAAAAUGGAAUGUCUCAAUUUCCAAAAUAUUACAUAGAGCCAGUUUACAAAAAAGAGGAACUCAAAGAAUUGGAAAAAAGUGGUGAUAUAGACAGAUUAGCACACUUACCAACUAAACCUGCUAGUAGUGAUUCCACCUGUUCAUUUAAACAAGACCCUGAUAUUAACCUAUUUGUAAAUUAUGUUAUGAAAUGUGGGAAGAAAUCUCUAGCACGUGAGUUAGUUGAAAAAUCAUUUGAAAACAUAAAGCGUAUUCAACUUGAAAAAUAUCAUAAGUGUGAAUCAGAAGAAGAAAAGAAUAAAUUAGAAUUAAAUCCCAGAGUUAUAUUUCAUAAUGCGGUUGAAAAUUGUAAACCUUUGGUGGAGUUAACUGGCGUUAGAAGGGGAGGUGUGAAGUAUCAGGUUCCAGUACCAGUAGCACAAAGGAGAUCACUAUUUUUAUCGAUGAAAUGGUUGAUAGCUGCUGCACUAGAGAAAGACGGUAAAGUUAGAUUUACCGAUCAACUUGCCCGAGAACUUGUAGAUGCUGCCCAUAGCAAAGGAAAAGUAGUUAAGAAAAAACAAGAAUUACAUAAACAAUGUGAAGCAAAUAGAGCUUACGCACAUUAUAGAUGGAACUAAAGACAAGAAAUAUUUAUUUUAUAAUAAGAAUAAAUAAUAAAACAUUUAAAAUGA